AUGAAUGCCAGCUCAGAAUUUGAGCUGUGUUUGUUGCUUUCUGACACUACUGAAUAUGAAGAAAUACUGAGGUUAUUCAAAAAGACCACACAGAAGCAAUUCAUGGUUGAGAAAAUUUACAGGGUUCAGAAUCCAUACUUUUUUGGAUGUUACUUACUCAAGAAACAAGAAAUGGAAUCAAGAUAUGGUUAUGUUGCUGAGGAGUAUUUAUUUCAUGGUACCAAAGAGGAAAUCAAAGAUAAAACUUACAGAAAUAAUUUUGACUGGAGGAAUCAUGGCAGAUCAGCAGUCAACACUUUUGGGAAAGUUGUUUCAUUUACACCUAUUUCUUGUUAUGCCAGUCAUUAUUCAGAUAAACAUAACUCUGAGAGAAUCAUAUUUGUAUCAAAGGUUCCAAUUGCACAUGAAACUUUAGGUCACAAACAUAUGAAAAUACCACCUCUGUUUGCUUACAGGCUGUGCCAUAGAUAUGACACUACUACUAAAGAAAAUCGACAUGUUAUUGUAAAAUUCUCUGAUAAUGAGUUCUAUCCUGCAUAUAUUGUGUAUUACACAGGACAGUAUGAGAAGAAGGAACAGGGACAAUCAAGACUGUAA